GGCGGGACUUCCGGACAGAUCUCACAUCGCGGCCUCUGCUGAAGGACACUAGUCUCAUUCUGCUUCCACAGGGGUCGAGAGCUAAAGGACCAUUAACAAUCCAUCAUGGGAGGACACGACGCAGGAAGCCAGCACCAGUUUACUGGGUUUGCAAAGUACUUCAAUGCGUACACAAUCACAGGAAGGAAGAAUUGCGUUUUGGCCACAUACGCCAGUCUACUAGCCAUUGGCCUCUUCUUCAAAUUGAAGCCCAAGAAACAGGCCGCUGUCACAGAAAAGUGAUCAUGCCUCCUCAUUGUCUCCUUACAGGUGUCCAUUUUGACAGCUGGAAGAGGAGAAAGCAUCCGGACAUGCUUGUAAUAAUAUCUGACUGUUUGUUUUCCCUAUGUGAAUAAAGAACAUUUAUGCCCAAAACAUAGAAAA